AUGCAUCACCAGUCAAUCGUCCGUGGCGGCCUCCAGCGCCUGGCCACUUCGCAGUCGCGAAGCUAUCGCCGCCACAUUGCGACAGAAGCAGAUCUAGUCCAAGCCAAGAACUACUGCCCAGAGCGACCGCCAGGCAUUUCUCAUCCGGCAAUUCGUCCCCGCCCCGUCCAAGACGUCUACGAUGUGAUCCGAACCUUGAACCUCGAGCUCGUGCGCCUCCCAGAGUCCGUCUCCAACCCCAUCAUCGGCCAGAUGCGCACGCAAUUCUGGCGCGACUCCAUCGACAAAACCUUUGCCGGCACCCCGCCCCGCGAGCCCAUCUGCCUCCUCCUCCGCAAAGCCCUCGACGACCUCGAAGCCAGGGCCGGGCCCUCGGCGCAAAAGUCGCUCAAGUUCUGGAUCUCCCGCUUGAUCAAGACGCGCGAGCGCCACAUGACGAAUCGCCCGUACCCUUCCAUGGCCGCCCUGGAAGAGUACGCCGAAAGCACCUAUUCCACCCUCAUGUACGCCACCCUCGCCGCCCUACCCAUGCGCUCUAUGCAUGUGGACCACCUCGCGAGCCACAUUGGCAAAGCCUGCGGUAUCACCGCCAUCCUCCGCGGUAUCCCCAUCCUCCUCGCACCUCCCCCGCCGCCGCCGCCGCGACCGGCUUUGACGCCCCAGCCGCGAUCCCGCGAUCCUCCUCCCCCUCGAUGUCCUCGCCGAGCACGGCGUGAGCGAGGAGUCCAUAUUUCGCCAAGGCCCCGGGGCCCCGGCUUCCGUGAUGCCGUCUUCACCGUAGCCACGCGCGCCAACGACCACCUUAUCACUGCGCGGGAGAUGCUCAAGAACCUCCAGGCCGGCCAGCACGCCGGCCACGACUACGAGCACGAGGGCGAGCUCGAGGAGCACAUUUACGACGACGGCGGCGAGGACGAUGUCGCCAGAGACGUCAGGAGAGCUUUUGGGGUGCUGCUCGAGGCUGUCCCCGCACAGGACUACCUCUCCGAGCUGGAGAAGAGGGACUUUGAUCCGUUCGCCGUCCGGCCCGGGUGGAAGCUACCGUGGAGGAUAUGGAGAGCGCUAAAGAAGCAGGCAUUAUAG